AUGGAGACAGUUUCUAGCAGCGCGCAUCCGCCGAUUCCGCACAUGGUAGAUUAUAACGUGCCGGCCAUCACCGUGGAAGCAAGCUACUUGCAGGAGCAUCCACAUCUACAGGUCAUCUUUGCCGUUUUACUGUUACUGGCGUCCGUUGUUGGGAUUUUUGGGAACAUUCUGGUCAUUCUGACGGUGUCCCUAACCAAGGCGCUGCGUUUGCCCAGCAAUAUCUUCAUCGUCAACUUGGCCAUCGCGGACCUCAUCGUCACCACGCUGGUCGAUCCCUUCAACGUCAUCGGGGCGUUCGUUGGGCAAACGUACUUCGACACGCACCGGACGCUGUGCCACUUCAUCGCCGCCAUGUGCGCACCGGCAUGUCUGUGCUCCAUGUUCAGCAUCACCGCCAUCAGCGUCAAUCGGUACAUCAUGAUCUGUCACAUUUCUCUGUACCACCGACUGUACACUUGGCGCAACACCUGUCUAAUGUGCGUCGCGCUCUGGCUCAUCUCCACCGGCAUCCACUUUCCCAACCAUGUUGGCUGGGGCGACAAUGCCUUCGACCCGGCUUAUUACAUCUGUACGUUCUCCAUUGCUACGCAUUCCUACGCCAUCUUCUACAUUGUCGUGGGUGUAUUCCUGCCGCUGAGCAUCGUCUGCUUCAGCUACGCCAGCAUAUUCCGCUACCAUGUCCUUGUGAAGAAAGGCAUUCGCCGGCAUCGUAAACGCGAAGUGCAUUACACCGUCAUUCGUCGGAAGAGCCGGGAAUCCAUCAGCAUGACACUGCUAUCGGUGGCUGCCGUGGCACGCAGCACUGUUGUGUCUGGGACGGUUCCCGUGAGCGGCAAGGAUGGCGGUUCCAGCGAUGUGCGAAGGCGAAGUACGUUUCGCGGUAACGGAUUCACCACGGAGGAUAUUAAGCUUGCCAAGACGCUGUUCACGGUGUGCAUUGCCUUCUUAAUCUGCUGGUCACCGUUCGCCUUAUUCGUCCUCAUGCACCAACCAUCAUGGAUCCCUGGGUGGCUGUACAUGAUCGCCAUCAUGAUGGCGCACGGCAACUCGUCCAUCAACUGCAUCCUGUACGGUGUGACCAACGCCCGGUUCCGCCAGGGCUACCGCGCUGUGCUGGGACUGACCGGUGGUCUGCCCCGCAGUUCGGGGAAUCCGGAAGCCGGAAGGACACUGGAAGCUCUGGGUAUCUCCGUGUCGGCUUCCAAGCAAAGCCUACGCCCCGACACGAGUUCAGCGCCGGGCCGGACCUCCACCGCCAACCCUGAAAGGUCACAUUCUGAUCCACCGAAAACUGAGGAAACGCUGCAUCUGAUGCCGCCCAAUAUGACUAAGCAGUGCUAUUCCUAG